AUGUCGCCGUCAGCCGAGAAGAAGCCCGCGGAUGAUAGUACCACCACCUUCGCCGUGGCUGAGGAGGAGAAGGUCGUGCUGUGCUGCAGCGACGGGGUGGAGUUCGUGGUGGACGUGUCUGUCACAAAGAUGUCCGGGAUGAUCAGCAACAUGAUUGAUGACGAGUGCGUGGAAGGCGGCGUCCCGCUGCCGAACGUCGAGGGCCAAGUCAUGUCCAGGGUGCUCGAGUACCUCGGCAAGAAGCACGGUAGCGCCGCCGCUGAGGACUUCAAGAAGUUCAAGUCGGAGUUCUUAGAGGAGCUGGUGGCCGACAAGAAGGCGCUGUUUGACGUGAUCCUGGCGGCAAACUACCUCCACACGCAAGAGCUGCUAGACACGGCGUUCUAG